UUGUAUCUUUUGUGACGUGAAUUGUUACAGAAGGCGAAAAACAGUGUAAUACGAUAAACUGUUACACUUUUAAUAUUUUUAUCAUUUCUUCUCACCUUGUAUUCUCGAGGUAAUGCUGUAAACAGGACUAUUUCUUGCGCGGAUGUACACACAAGGUAGUUACGCGUCUUCGCCCGAUUAGGAAGAAGACACAAACACGGAUUCUUUGAGAAAAUUUACCGAAUAAGAAUAGUGUUUCAAAUGGACUCUUCAUCUCCAGAUUUAAAGGUUUUAUCAGCUCCUCAAAUGUACAACAUGGAUUUAUUAAAUGGCGGACAUCUAGGCAAUCAGCCAGCUUUUCCUGGACAGGCUUACGGUGCGGGAAAUAAGGGCAUCACGUUGGAGCAAGUGGAUCCGUCAACAUUUGAAGAUGAUUCCGACGAUGACGAAUUUGGCACGGGCAAAGGGCUGCGGCCCGGGAAAAAGACGAAAGGACGAGUUAAAAUUAAAAUGGAAUUUAUUGAAAAUAAACUCCGAAGAUAUACAACAUUUAGUAAACGGAAAACUGGGAUAAUGAAAAAGGCUUAUGAGCUGUCAACACUUACUGGUACUCAAGUCAUGCUCUUAGUCGCAAGUGAGACUGGGCAUGUGUACACUUUUGCUACCCGUAAACUUCAACCCAUGAUAACUAGUGAAAGUGGUAAGGCCCUGAUUCAGACCUGUCUCAACUCCCCGGACCCACCACCCAUAGCCCCAGGGCAGCAACAGGCUGUGGAACAGAGGAUGAACCCUGGUGGAUUUGAGGAGACCGAGCUCACAUAUGCUGUAGAGGAAGAAAAUGGGAAGCCAAUUAUGAUGGAUGGGUCUGGAGGUCUUAAGCCAGUGUAUACAAUGAACAAUAGUCCAACAAUACAAGAGAAUUACAGUCAGUCACCAGUAUCACAGGCUGUUGUACAACAGACACAGAUUCAGCCACAGACUCAAACAUAUCAAACCACAUCCACAGUGCCUAUGGCAACAAUUGUUCAACAGCCUAUUUAUCAAACAUCGAGCAGCCCACAGCCUAGUACAACGAAAUCAUCAACACCUGGCAGUAUUUCAGUACAUCUCCCCGGACUUCCACCAGGAUUUAUCCUACAGCCUGGAACACAGUUUGUGAUACCAGGACAGCAGGGAACAUCAGUCGCAACAUCACAACAACAGGUCCAACAACAGCAUGUUUACAGAAUAGCCACAAAUGCACAAGGGACACAAGUGUUACAGACAGAAAAUGGACAGAGAUUACAAACAAAUGGUACAAGUACAGCGGGGGCUACCACUGUGAAUGUUCUUAAUACAGCUACUCAGCAGGCUGCCCCAGCCCUUACACCAAGUGUGUUUAUGUACCAUACACCACAGGGCAUAGUGUAUGCCCCAGCCCCGUCAUCCAUACAAGAUAAAACCAUCUUCAACUUUCAACAGCCGGCCACUGCAUUGUCAGAUACUGGUCAGUCAGCAGCUGGGCAGGUACAACAACAAACACAAGGACAACAACAACAACAGAUUAUCACCAUCCCCAUGCCUGUCUCAUUAGCUGGAUCUCCUCAAGUGUUACAGUUGGCAACAACAGACUCCACACAGUUGUCGGACCUAUCACAACCUAGUGCUGCUAAAAAGUCGAGAAAGACUUGAAACCCAGUAUUAUAUUGGCCUUCUUUUGUGCUUAAAUGGUGCUCAAUUCCACUAAUUGUUCAUAGUGACAAUGUUUGCAUGUCGAGGCUUUUUGUUCUGUACAGUGCUGUAACAAUGCUGUGACGUAAAUAUUGGCGUCUUGUCACUGUGGUUAUAAAUAGCAUCGUAUUUGUGAGGCGUGAUGUUACGUGGUGUUGUCUUUUUCGUUAUGCUAUAUACAUGUAUAUCAGUUUAAGUGGUAUCAGUGUAAUAUUUGAUGGGGCCUCGAUAUGGUUUACUCUAAACUGUGAACACAUGAUUUUAUAUGUAUAUGAGUAUAUAUUGAAGUUUUCACACUUGAAUUUGGAGUUUUAUAUUGAAUGCUCUAAUAUGUGAACACAUGACUUUGGAGUUAUGCAUGGAAUGCUCUCAAAUGUGAACACAUGAUUUUGGAGAUAUGUAUAGAAUGCAUUCUACUGUGACCACAUGAUUUUGGAGUUAUGUAUAGAAUAUUCUAAAAUGUGAACACAUGAAUUUGGAGAUAUGUAUAGAAUGCAUUUUACUGUGAACACAUGAUUUUGUAGUUAUGUAUAGAACACAUGAAUAUUGCUACAUAUUACAAGAGUAAAUGAAAGUGAUAACUGAUAUACCAUCUAUAUAGGAGAGCAGACUUUUUUCUCAAUAGCUAGAAUUGGUAUGUUCUGGAAAAAAAAGACAAGGCAAGAGCUUCCCUUUAACUUCUACUGCAUGGUAUUACAUGCCAUAGUGAAGUAAGGUGCAAGGGGCUAUCUAUAGUUGGUUAUAUAUAAGCUUAAAGACAGUAAUGAAAUAUGUUUAUACAAAAAAAGCUCCUCUGAAUUAUGUUACAAAAAAUUGUUUGAAUCCGUCCAAUUAUGUAUGUUUUGUUAAAAUCAUGUUGAAAACGAAGAGCUGCAGGAUGUUUUGUUCCACAUUAUGUUGUAGAAACAAUAUGUUAUUAAGAAUUACAUCUGUUGUUAAAACAAACGUCAAAUCUUGUUCAUGUUAUACGUAAGAUAUUUCAUGUUAUAGUACAAAUAGAAACAAGAUAUCUUGUUUAAAGUAUUGGUUAAAGACAGCGAUAUUUAAAAGUAAAGGCAGUUAUGUGUUUAUUUAUAUUUCAACGAAAUAAUGUAAAUGUUUGCAUAUUUGUUUUGUAGAUGUGAGACUACUGAAAUUGUUGUACAGUAGUUAACAGUCUUUAUAUGUUUACAUUUUACUGUUGUCUAUAGAAAUUAUUAUAGUCAGGAGAAAGGGACCCCUUUUAUUAUUACAUGUACAUUUUUUUUUCAUGAUUUUUUUUUUUUUUGUCAGUUUAGAUAAUUAGAUUAUUUCAUUAUAUCACAAGGAAACUCCUAAAGGAUAUAGUGAGCAUUAUAAAGGGUAAAACAUUUCAAGACAUCUUAUUUUAGUCUAAAUUCAUAUUUUUCAGUCAGAAUUUAAUGAUGUUAAAUCAUAGAACAUUCACAUUUAAACUGUCUAAGACUUUAUUAUUUAUUUUUCAACAAUUUUAGUUCCUUAACUUUAGAUACCAAUCAUCAGCCAUCAACUUAAAGUUUGAAAUAGAAAUUUAUAUAUUGUUGACUCAAGUUGUUUGCGGUAUUUAUUUGCGUUGUUUUGUAAAUAAAUCAUGGAUAUAGGAAGACUUGUAAGUCGGGUCAGAUGUCUGGCCUGAGACAAGUGACCGAAAUAAUUGAGCCGCGUCACGACAAAACCAACAUAGUGGGUUUGCGACCAGCAUGGAUCCAGACCAGCCUGCGCAUCCGCGCAGUCUGAUCAGGAUCCAUGCUCCUAUAACAAGUAGAUAAACUGAUAGCGAACAGCAUGGAUCCUGAUCAGACUGCGCGGAUGCGCAGGCUGGUCUGGAUCCAUGCUGGUCGCAAACCCAUUAUGUUGGUUUUGUCGUGACGAGGCUCAUAUGUUUGGUAGAAAAUGACUGAACAUGUACAGUAAUUCAUUUAUUGCAUUGUUUAUGUGUGCUGUAACUAGCAUACUGACUUGUAGAUGAAAAUCAUUUAGAAAAAAAUGGUAUUUAAUAUCAGAAGAUGAGAGAAAAUAAAUCAAUUUUGUACUAUCAUUGUUCAUAAUGGUGUAAGAUGAUGGCCUUUUAUAAAAAGUUCUCUUUUGGGUGGUCUUUGUUCUGAGGGUGUUUUAUUAUACAAGUUUAGCUGUAGUUCUGUUUGUUAUGAUUGCCUGUAAAACAUACUCCAAGUGCCAAUAUGACCAGUAUUGUAUAUAUUGUGUCAAGUUGUUAAAUGUCUUUCUUUUUCUUGUUUUAUCUUUUCAUGUAUCAUUAUAUAAAUAUAAUGUUAUUUUAAGCGAUUUUUUUAUACCUGUUGUUAUAAUGUGACAUAAUACUACUUUUUUGAUUGUAUAAACUAUUAUUUUUUGUGACCAUAUUUGUGGAAUAUGAGAUUUAUAAUAUGUUCUUCUUAAUAAAUUGGGCAAAAAAAAAAUGAAUUUAAGUUUAAGACAUACAAUGUUGUAUUUUCAUUGAUGAUUGAUUGAUAUGUUAAUUUUUCUCUGAUUUUAGUGUGCUUUGUUAGGUACUAAUGCUCAUAUUAGCAGUUCAAUUUAUUUAGAAUGAAAAUAAGAGAACACUUUAGCUCUGUAAAAACUAUAUUUAGAAGUUUAUCUCAACUUUAACAAGAUGCAAAAUUGUAUUAUUCAAGAAUAUCAUACAUUAGGGUCAAAGGUUUAAAACUGUCAAGUAUUUUGCAGGGGUCAAGUGUUUAGAUAAAUUCAGAGACUACAGGGGGGAGGGGGGAGUCAAUUUUGUUCUUGUAUUUAAAUUGUCUCUGUUAAAAUUAUAGUAGUGUGCGUAUAAUUUAAUUGUGCCAUAGAGCUGUCAUGACAAGAUGAACUAAGCUCAAGUUAUUUUAUUGAAAAAUGAUCUACAUUGUGUAAAUCUACAUGUUAAGACUACAUUGUGUAAAUCUACAUUGUAAAAAAGAUCUCAUGAUGUGCUAUAUUUAUCAGUUCUAGACUUUGUUGUGCAUAUUAAAGUAAAUGUUGCUCUUAAUUUUCUUUUCUUUUGCUGAUAGUUGUCACUGACUUGUUAGCUAUUUAUUAAUUAUUAUGUUCAAAAUUUGGUGUGCUGAUACCUUUUGUAGACCUCUACCACUGAUAAAGAGCCCUUACCAUUACAUUUGUCUCUGCCCCUGACAUUGAUCUCUGUCACAGACAUAGGCCUCUGCCUCUGUCACAGACAUAGACCUCGAUCUCUGCACUUGACAUUGACCCUUACCCAUGUCAUAGAUCUCUGCCUGUGACAUACCCCUUAAACCUCAACAUGAUUUAAACCUCUACCCAAUGCAGAUCUCUGCACUUGAUAUUGACCCUUACACCUGACAUACCCUUGCAGGACAUAGACCUCUUGCCCUGACAUUGAUCUAUGCCUCUGAAUAGGUUUCAAGUUGAUUGGGUCAAGGUUAUUUAUUCUAUAAAUUGUUUUUCCUACUUUGUGAAAAAGACAUCGGGGAUUAUCCAACAGUGUUGCUAAUAUUCUUGUUUUGUUUAAGGUGACCUUAACCCUCAAAGUUAGAUAUUACGUACAGUUUUAUAUAUGGAAUUUUACAUUCACAUUUGGUGAUCUAUAUGAAGAUCAAGUGACCCACUUUCUCAAUAUUUAUGUUUCAAUCUACAACUUUGGUUCAUUAUACAUUGUACAGCAGUAUGCACUUAUUGCAUUUUAGUGUGUGUGAUACCAGAGCUCAACCUUGGAUGACUAUAAAUGUGAUUUAUUAACAUACUUCAACAUUGAACAAUUCAUGACCUUUUCAAGCAAAGUAUUUCGAGUGAGCCUUCUAAGGCUGUCGUAGUUCUUUUGUUUUUCAAUGCGAGUCUGAAUGAAAUUUAUCUAUGUAUUUUUCAAACCCGUACUAUCUCAAUUCCUGAUUUGUUUAUUGUAUGGUUAACUUGUGUUUGAAAAGAUAUGUGUUGUCAAAAAAUUUUUGAGCAUUCACAUAACAAUUUUGAUAUGCCUGUCUCUGCUCUGAUUGUAUUUUAUAUAACGGUUAUUUUAAACUGUUCGGAUGAGAAAAAAUUUAGUUUUUGUUCAUAUUUAAACAUUUUUGAAGACAUUGUCAGCUUAUUUUCGUCUCAUUUAUUCCUGUUAACAAAACUGCAUUGACUCAGGCUUUGAAACAUCAAAAUAUUUUGUUUUGAAGUACUUGUGUAAAGCUUAAUUUAUUAUCUAUUAAACAAAAUUUAGUAUUAGGUACAAUCUUAUGUGUAAGCUCUUGUAAACAUGUGUCUUCCAGAAUUAGUAUUAAAUUUUAAAAGGCAUAAUAUCAUUGCUUAUAUUAAUAGUUUGAUGAAUUGGAUAAUAUUAUGUACUCAGUCUCUUGCAUUGUGAAGAAAAUCAAAAUUGACAAAUAAUGUUUAAAAACUUGUUAAAAUUAUUAAUAAAUAUGACAUUAAUGAACUGUUUCAAGUUUGUUACACCAGUGCAAUUUCUACUGUUUUUAAGUGUAUAUGUUUUUAAAUAUACUUGUUAAUGUUUUACAUUAAAGUGCCUCUUUAAACUAAAAUUUGAUUUUGAAAGAAAUUUUUGUAAUUUUUAAAACUGCUUUAAAGCUCACCCCACCAGAAAUUGAUUAAAAACUUGUCUGAGAGAAACUAUAUUAAGAAGACAUCUGUGAUUUGUUAUAGUUGAUGAAAUUUUGUAUGUUUUAGACUAACCAGAACAACUUUAUACCUUUCUGACAAUUCUGUGAGAAAAGGUCAUUUAUUCAUAUCCCACUGAUUUAUUAUUAUGUUUGAUUUUUAGAAUUGAAUUUUCCUGUACUUACUUUGAGGUAAUUGUAUUGAUAUUGAAAUAAAUAUUUUACUAAUUUUAAAUUGUUGCCUUUUGUUUAAAAAAAUCUUAAAUAUUUAAUCUUAUAUCAAAUCAAAUGUUUAAAAGCAUUUUGAGGAAAUAUGAAUUUAUACAUUUUUGUUUCUUUUGGGGCUUUUUUGUUGGUUAUUUUUCUAUUUAAAUAAAGGGAAGCAACUCAAUAAGAUUUAUUUAUAAUAUUAGAUUGUCGCCCUUGUUAUCUGUUGCUGGUUGUUACACAAUAUACUUUAAAAAUACAUGUAUAGGGAAAAUACAUCACAUCAAAAGCAACAUUUAUAUACUGGCAUUAUGUAAAUAAUGAAAAUGUAUUUGAUGAUACUGAUUUUAACCCUUUACCUGUUGAAAUUGUUUAAUUGAUUUGCCCAGCUUUGAAUGAUAUAUUCAAUCCAUUUAAAGUUUUAGGGAUUUAAACAUAAAAAGUAUUGAAAAAUAAGCUGCCAACAAAUAUAGAGUUAUGUCAAACUGCACUGAUGUUAAAGCUGACAUGGCUCUAUGCAGUUGGCAAAGGCUCCAGCAGGUGAAGGGUAAAGAUAUUGCUAUUUUUGUAUGCAUGACUUUUCAAGGACUAAUAAAAAUUAAAGAAUCAA